AUUUCUUACAUAUUUACAUGUCCACAUAACCUUCACCUUUCACAUUUUUUAUCUUACCUUUACAAAAAUGGGUUUCUUUAUAUCUUAUCAUGUAUCCAUUAUUCUGGUCUUCAUUACAUUUAGCAAUGUUUUGAUCGCGAGUGCAUUCACGGGCACGUAUGGAGUCAACUAUGGAAGAAUAGCCGAUAACAUCCCGUCACCCGAAAGUGUUGUGACACUCAUGAAGGCGAACAAGAUUAAAAACACAAGAAUCUAUGAUGCUGACCAUGAUGUUCUCAAGGCGUUUAAAGGGUCAGGAAUCGAGAUCAUUAUAGGGCUCCCGAACGGGUUCUUGAAGGACAUAAGUGUAAGCCAAGACCGAGCCAUGGAUUGGGUGAAACAAAAUGUGGAAGCGUUCGUGCCUGGGACGCGUAUUCGUGGGAUCGCGGUUGGAAAUGAGGUGUUAGGUGGUGGUGAUCCACAACUAUGGGAGGCCUUAUUACCCGCGGUGAAAAAUAUCCAUGCUGCCCUUGACACGCUUCACCUAGCCGACCAUGUUGAGGUUUCAAGCCCACAUUCGGCUGGUGUGUUUGCUAGCUCGUACCCUCCAUCAGCCGGGGCGUUUAAGGAAACGCUAAUGCCGUAUAUGAAACCGCUUCUUGAGUUUUUCUCAAAAAUAAAUUCGCCUUUUUAUAUAAACACAUACCCGUUUCUUGCGUACAUUAGUGACCCGGAACACAUUGAUCUCAACUACGCAAUCUUUAAAAAGAAUAAAGGGAUAUAUGAUGAGACGACGAAGCUACAUUAUGAUAACAUGUUUGAGGCGCAGAUUGAUGCGACCUAUGCGGCUUUAGAAAAGGCUGGAUUCGGGAAGAUGGAGGUUAUAGCGUCGGAAACCGGAUGGGCUUCGCGUGGGGACCCGAAUGAAGUCGGGGCAUCGGUUAGUAAUGCAAGAACUUAUAACAAGAAUCUACGUAAAAGACUCCUUAAAAAGAAGGGUACCCCUUAUAGACCGAAAAAGGUAGUGAAAGCCUAUGUAUUUGCCAUGUUUAAUGAGAACUUAAAGCCCGGCCCAACUUCUGAAAGAAACUUUGGGCUUUUCAAAGCUGAUGGUAGCAUUGCUUAUGAUAUCGGAUUUACUGGACUUAAGCCCUCUUCAGCAACAUCUAGUUUCUCUUUAAAGGGCAUUGGAUCGAUGUAUCUAGUAUGUAUUGCAGCUUUGAUACUGAUUAUAAGUUCAUGAUAACUCAAAAAUGACUCCAAAUGCCUCAAUCCAGUCUCCUAAUUCUGUAUUCUAAUUAUGCAACAAACAUUUUAUCAUGUUGUUAAAUUUGUUGUGUAUAUAUACAUAAGAGAGUCACAUCUGUAUAUGUGUAUUAGAUUGAGAAAUUUAGUCUUUGAGAUUCAGAAUUACUUGUAUACAACAUUACAGCUUUAUUUAAAUACAAGUCCUAUGUUUUUAAUCUCA